AUGGCCAUGUCCCAGUGCCAGUGGUGGUUUCCAGUGCCGGUGUCCGGUGCCAGCAGCAGUGUCCCGGUGCCGGUGUCCGGUGCCAGCGGUGCUGUCCCCAUGGCCAUGUCCUGGUGCCACUGGUGGUGUCCCUGUGCCGGUGUCCCAGUGCCGAUGUCCCUGUGCCGGUGUCCCGGUGCCACUGGCAGUGUCCCUGUGCUGGUGUCCGGUGCUGGUGUCGGUGCCAGCGGCGGUGUCCUGGUGCCAGUGUCCCUGUGCCGGUGUCCCUGUGCCGGUGUCGGUGCCAGUGGCCGGUGUCCCAGUGCUGCUGUUGGUGCCAGCGGUGGUGUGCUGGUGCCAGUGUCCCCUGUGCCGGUGUCCCUGUGCCGCGGCGCUGUCCCCGCAGAGGACCGGAAGCUGUUUGUGGGGAUGCUGAGCAAGCAGCAGGCGGACGAGGACGUGCGGAAGAUGUUCGAGCCCUUCGGCACCAUCGACGAGUGCACGGUGCUGCGCGGCCCCGACGGCACCAGCAAAGGCUGCGCCUUCGUCAAGUUCCAGAGCCACGCGGAGGCCCAGGCCGCCAUCGCCGCCCUGCACGGGAGCCGCACGCUGCCGGGUGCCUCGUCCAGCCUGGUGGUGAAGUUUGCGGACACGGAGAAGGAGCGGGGGCUGCGGCGGAUGCAGCAGGUGGCCACUCAGCUGGGCAUGUUCAGCCCCAUCGCCCUCCAGUUCGGAGCCUACAGCGCCUACACACAGGCGCUGAUGCAGCAGCAGGCGGCCCUGGUGGCCGCGCACUCGGCCUACCUCAGCCCCAUGGCCACCAUGGCCGUGCAGAUGCAGCACAUGGGCACGGUCAACCCCAACGGGAUCAUCGCCACCCCCCUGCCACCCUCCUCAGGAACCAGCACCCCCCCGGCCAUGGCGGCCACCCCCGUCCCGGCCAUCGCGGCCCCGCUGAGCGUCAACGGCUACAGCCCCGUGCCCGCGCAGCCCGCGGGACCCCCGGCCCCCGACGCCGUCUACGCCGGGGGGGUCCCCCCAUUCCCAGCCCAGAGCCCCGCGGCCCCCGGGGACCCCCUGCAGCAGGCGUACGCGGGCAUGCAGCACUACACUGCCGCGUACCCGGCCGCCUACGGGCUGGUGAGCCCGGCCUUCGCCCCCCCGGGACCCCUGCUCGCCCCCCCGCCCCCCCCGCAGCAGCAGCAGCGCGAAGGCCCCGAGGGCUGUAACAUCUUCAUCUACCACCUGCCCCAGGAGUUCGCCGACACCGAGAUCCUGCAGAUGUUCCUCCCCUUCGGCAACGUCAUCUCCGCCAAGGUCUUCGUGGACAGGGCCACCAACCAGAGCAAGUGCUUCGGCUUCGUGAGCUUUGACAACCCCGCGAGCGCCCAGGCUGCCAUCCAGGCCAUGAACGGUUUCCAGAUCGGGAUGAAGCGGCUCAAGGUGCAGCUCAAGAGGCCCAAAGACGCCAACCGGCCCUACUGAGCCCGGUCCGGAGGCUCCGGAGCAGCACCUUUGGGUGCCCCCAUUGCAGAGCAGCCCCCCCAAACCCAGCGGUGCCCGGGGGGGGGCUCGGUCCUGCUGGGGGGGGGGCCCAGACCCCCCCACGCUCAGGAAGGAGGGACCCCCCCUCCAGGCCCCAUCCGACCCCCCCAGUGCGUCCCAGUCCA